AUGAAUUCAUGCAAAUUGUCCUGUAUAAAGAAGCAGAAUAGACCAGCAACAGAUUCAGAUGUCAGUGAAGAAUGUCAAUCCAAAAGGUCGUCCAAUCCUGUUCCAGCUCCAAUUCCUGGCGCCUCAACAGAAGCGACUGCUCCAACUGCUUCAAAUGUUCGAAAUCCUUGUGGUGCACCAACAUGUCCUGAAAGUUGUCCCGAACCUAAAAAUUCAGCUAAAGCGAGAGCUAAGGCUAUUUUGAAUUACAUCAAGGAACUGUGGAAAAAAACUGAUGAUCCCUAUAACUGGUCGCUGUUAAAAAGCGUCACCAUGUUUAUAUUGGGCCUUAAACUUUUCGAUGACCUCUACAAGCAUAUGGCGAAAGCACUAUGUAAAAACGGGGCGAAAUGUGUGACAUUAGAAAACUGCUCAUGGAUUUAUGAUAGCCUUCAAAAUGGUUCAGAUGUAUUAAUGUCUCUAUUGAGAAGACUGCACUGCGGCUUCGACAGAAAUAAUAAUCCUAAGAUUUGCUGUCCAUCACAGUUAGAGAUGAGAGGCGGUCUUGAUUUGCUGCCAAACACGACUGUCUGUGGAAUUCAAACCAAUGACAGAAUUGUUGGAGGACAACAAGCAGACCUUGAUGAACAUCCUUGGAUGGUACUUAUUAAAUAUGAAAUACCUAAAGGAAGUACUUUUGCUUGUGGGGGAGUUUUAAUAUCAUCAAGAUAUGUCUUGACGGCAGCCCAUUGCGUCAAAGGCUCAGAUCUUCCAAUGAACUGGCGAUUAAAGCAAGUACGUCUUGGUGAAUGGAAUUUGGCUACCAAAAUGGAUUGCGUACGAGAUGACUGCAGCCCAGAGCCUUUAGAUAUUAAUAUCGAAGAGAUAAUACCUCACGAAGACUAUGACCCUGAUAAGGGUCAGCAAAACGAUAUCGCGCUAUUGAGACUGGCACGGGAUGUUGCAUUUAAUGAUUUUGUGAGACCUAUUUGUCUUCCUGUAAACUCAGCAUUGAAGAGGAGUACAUUUGAGAAUAUUGAUAUGGAAGUAGCAGGAUGGGGGAAAACGGAAACAAAGCUAUCUUCGGAUAUCAAAUUGAAGGUUAAAGUAACUGUAAGAAAUACAAAUGAUUGUAAAGAAAUCUACGAACGGGCGAAUCGCUUAGUCACUGAAAAGCAACUUUGUGCUGGUGGUAUAGAAGGUCAGGAUUCUUGUAGGGGAGAUUCUGGAGGAGCACUUAUGGGACGAGUCGAUGCUACUAAGAACUGGAUGGCCAUUGGUGUAGUCUCCUAUGGACCCUCGCCUUGUGGUACAGCAGGAUGGCCAGGCGUGUACACGAGAGUCACCGCUUUCACUGAUUGGAUUGUAUCAAAAUUGCAGCCCUAA